AUCGACAUCACGCUGGUGGGCCGUCUCGUCGAGCAGACGCGGAUGCGACUGAAGUCUCGCUACAACAGCAAUCAGCAAGGCCACCAGUUCGAGAGCGGGGAGAGGAUGCGCCUUCCAGAGUUCAUCAAGAAGCACCAAUCGAAGGAGAAGCAGGAGAUGAAGGCCGAAGGGGUUGAUGGCGACGGAAAUCCAGUCUCCUUCAAAUUCGACUUGCACGACUGUGACUCUGAGGGGAAAGAAACUCCAGGCGUUGUGGCUGUCUGCUACGAACUAUCGCUGAAGUUCGUGCGCGCAGUGGACAAGGAGCUGGAGUGGCGGCGGGAGGAGGAGUUGAAGGCAGCAGUGAGGGAGGCGGAGAGGGCGGUGACGGGGCUGGAGGAGAGCGUUGAGGAAAAGGUGGAGAAGAUACUGGUGCGCGUGGCCAUGCUCCAAAGCGCCAUGGACGGUGGGGAGCUCUUUCAAUGCGCCGAAGCAGAGCGCAAGCGAGCUCGUAUGGCUGAUGGGUCCGCUGCUCCCCGCACGAGGGAGGAAGCAUUUCAUCUGCAAGCCCUUAACCGUGCACAGGCAGCCCCUCUCGCCGUUACCCCACUCGGCCGUUCUCGCCCCUUUGAUGCUCCCCUACUCCCUGUUGCCUGGCAGCACCUGGCAGCCCUCUCCACUUAUGCAGAGGCGGUGAGAGGGAAGUCACAGGAGGUGAAGACGCUGGUGCGUGGGCUGUGGACGAAGCAUGUCUUGGUUGGUGGGGAGAAGCAGCUUGAGGAAGGAGGGGAGGAGGACGAGGAAGAGGAAGAGGAGGUUGAGGAGGAGGAGAAGGAGGAAGAGGAGGAAACAGAGAGAGAGCAAGAGAUGGAGAGAGGGGAGGAGAUGGAGAGAGGAGAGAAGGUGGAGAGAGAGGAAGAGAAGGAGAGAGAGCAGGAGAUGGAGAGAGCAAGGCAGAGUGAGAGAGAGGAGGAGACGGAGAGAGAGGAGAGAAAGCAGAGAGAUGAGGGGAAGCAGAGGGAAGAGAUGAAGAGGGAGGAGGAGAAGGGGAGGGCGGAGGAAGAGAGAGAGGAGGAGGAGGAGGAGAGAGAGGAGGAGGAGAGAGAAGAGGAGAUGGAGAGAAAGGAGGAGAAGGAGAGAGAGGAGAAUGAGAGAGAGAGGGAGGUGGAUAGUGAGGGUGAUGUGGAUAGGGAGAAGGAGAAGGAAAGAGAUGAGGGGGAGGAGGAGCAGGAGCAGCAGGAGGAGGAGAGAGAGGGGGAGGAGGAGAAGGAGGAGAAGAAAAUAGAGGAGGAGAUGGAGAGAGAGGAGGAGGUGGAGAGAGAGGAGGAGGUGGAGAGAGAGGAGGAGGUGGAGAGAGAGGAGGAGGAGAGAGAUGAUGAUGAGGAGGUGGAGCAGAUGGAGCAGGAGGAGGAGAGUGAGGAGAAGGAGGAAGAGGCGGUUGUACAGGGGCAGGAGCAGCUGAAAGAAGAAAUGGAGAUUGAGACGGGGUUCAAGACGGACGAGGGGAUGAACGGUGGGGAUGAAGCUGUCCAUCGAGUUGUAAAGGAAGAGAUCUGGGAAGACUUGCCUGAAGGGCGAGGUGAAGGGCGAGAGGGAGGGCUAGAAGGAGGGCGAGGGAAGGAGCGAGGGGAAGAGGGAGGGCUUGAAGGAGGGAGAGCGGUAGAGCGAGAGGGAGGGGAAGAGGGAGGGCGGGAAGGAGGGAGAGGGGUAGAGCGAGAGGGAGAGAAAGAGGGAGGGCGAGUAGGAGGGCGAGGGGAAGAGCGAGAGGGAGGCCAAGCGCGAGAAGGAGGGCAAGCGGAAGCGGCAGAGGAGGAGGAGAGGGAAGGGGUUAAUGCAAUGAAAGAAGAGGGAAACAAUGAUGCUCUGAUUCUGCAGGAUAUUUCACAAGAUGCAGGGUUAGAGGUCACAAGGGGACCAGGGCAGACAGGUGCACAAGCGAGGGGAGGGCAAGCUCUGGUGCAAACCUCAACUGUGGUACAGGUCAUGACAGAGGAGGCGAUGAAGGCAGCAGCACAGACAGAGAUCGAGUCGUUGCUACGCUCUCUCCCACCAAACGAGCGAGAGCGUGCCAGUGCCCUGAUCGACCAGGUCAUUUUCUUCCUCUCACUGCAGCUCCCCUCAGCAGCGCACAUCACAGUCCAGGACCGCAAAUAUGGCUUUGGGACCCUGGACGACGACCAACCUCUCCACUUCCUCUUUGCCCUCGCUCCCUGCUGCCGUCCCGACCUUCCUCCCACUCUCACCGCGCUCACUCUCACUGGGCUCGCCCCUGUCUCUGCUCGCAACAUGGAAUGCAUUCUCCGCCUGCCCUCUCUCACCUCGCUCACCCUCCGCCACACUCCCAUCUCAUCAGAAGCCGUGCCGCUGCUGCGCUCCUCCUCUCGCCUGCACAGGCUCGUCCUUGACAGCCCUGAAGAUUCCGACCCAGUCUUUGAACCCCAUUCUCAAAGCCCCGUAGGGCUACAUGACAACCAGCUGGUUCGAAGUCUAAAGGAGCUGCACAUCAGUGCAGUCACUGAUGAGACUCUGCAGCAGGUUGGCUUCCUGUACGUGCAGUGA